AUGAGCGAGGCUGACGGCGAGCUAGCCACCAACAUAUCCGAGGAUUUCGGGUUCAAGCCCGUGGGCAAGUUCCCCUUGCUCGAGUCCUACGAGGGGAAAGUGCCCUUCGGCAGGGUACAGAACUUCGCGGUCUGCACUAAACGGAAACUGUUUGUCGCGGCGACCUGUUCGCGUGUCGUUGUCGGGUCGCUGCAACAGCUGCGGGAUGGUCUUGCAGGCGGUGACACCGCGCCGGAGAUCGAUUUCACGGCGUCCAAAACGGACCUGAACGACGUGGUGUACGUCGGGUUCACCGCGGGCUCGCAACAGGCCAUUUUCGUCACUCUGACUCGCGGAUUUGGCGUCUACGAUUUCGGCACCGCCGCCUGGCGCGAGACCCAAACGUUGGACUUGCCCGGUGACGUGCUGCAGGCGAGCGUGGUGCCCGGAGUGGCGGAUCUUUUCAUGGUUCUAACCCACGACCAGCUGUACGCGGUGCAAACUUCCGGGUCUGCGCAUCGGGUUUGUUCCGGCGUGGCGAGUUUCGACGUUGCUCGGGGUCAGUACGCGGUUUUGCGUCUGGACGGGUCCGUGCAAGUGCGACAAUUCGAGACACCCGAAACAAUCGCGCAAUUCGAGACACCCGAGCCUCUCAAACCAGAUUUGGCCGAUCAUACGCCGGUAGCGAUCAAAUGGCUUUCAAAGCACGACUUUUUCGUCGUGUUCGGCCAGGAUGACCUCCAGGACGACGCCAGUUACGAUCACAAGAUGUUUGUAGUGCACCACGCUAACGACAACACGCCCGUCUACAAGGAAAGCUACGACAUCGCGCCGGCUUUCGGAACGGUGCGUCGAAACCCGUGCUACUACGGCGCGAGUUUCCACAAUUUACUCCAGGAUAGCCCUUGGAUUUACGUCGUAACGUCGGCUUGUGCAUCUGAAUUGACCUUGUUCGACGACUCCGAAGUCAUCCAACCAAACCAAGACGCAGACCGUGCUGUCCUACCUAUAAGCCAAGAAACGGACAAUGAUACGAACCCUGUCGGGUUCGCGCUGGAUCUGGUCUGCGACGGCGACGUUUUGAAUCCGUGCUCGGGGGUCGACGUCGCAAGUAACCUCCCAAUUCUUCUGGUUUUGAAUGACGAGGGUACCGUUCUGGCGUAUGCCUUGUUCCACUCACAGGCCAUAAAGAACAACACUUAUACUACGGCCCCCACUUUGGAACUCUUGCAAAAAAAUGAGCUGGCCCUGAUCUCAGUGGCAUCUCCCUCCAACGAUGAACCGAAACCAGAUCUCUCAACGUCUCAAGCGGCGGCCCCUGAAGAGCAACCAUUCAAGAACACUGAAGCCAAGACUGCGUUUGGGGUGCCAAUUUCGAGCUCACCCUUCAACGCAACGUCUUCGAGCCAGCCUUCAUUCGGACAGAUGUCGUUUACCAAAUCCACCUCCGACCAGAAACCGGCUUUCGGAAUUUCAAACUCCGACCAACAACCGGCUUUCGGGAAACCCGCUUUUGGCCAGUCCACCUUCGGACAUCCUGCGUUUGGACAGUCCACGUUUGGCCAGGCAGGUUUUGGCAAGCAAACUUCCAACCCGCCAAAACUCGAGCAUCAGCCAUCUUCAAGGGAACCAAGUCAGAUGCUCUCGACUCAAACGUCUCCAAAUAAGAUCACAUCCUCUCCCUUUGGUCAGCCGUCCUUCAAUCAAAGUCCCUUUGGCAAACCCGUGUUCGGCUCAUCGCCGUUUGGCCAGCAAACUGGCGCGCAGCCCGCAUUUGGUGCUUCUACAUUCGGUUCCCAAGACAACAGUCAGGCUGCGUUCGGUGCUUCCACCUUUGGCCAAAAGGCGAGCCAUCAGCCCGCAUUUGGCCAGCUCGCCUUUGGUCAAAAGAACACCGAGACGUCGGCUUUCGGUCAACCUGCGUUUGGUAAACCAACGUUUGGUCAGUCGAAACCAGAAACCCCCGCUUUUGGUACGUUCGAUUCCGCUGCUUUGAGUAAAAUGCCCUUCGGUGCUCCAAAAACACCAUUAGAUCAAAUUCACCCCGUCUCAGCGGAGGGUUCUUCCGAAGAAAAUCAGAAAAAGGAGCACAACAAACCCAAAUCCUCGCUAAGCAAAUCUGAUGGAUUUUCAGCAUUUGCCGUCAAGGGCAAUCCUUUCUCUCAAGUGGGCAAAAUGUCUUCUCCUUUUGUAACGCCAAAACCGGCAUCUCAAGGCCUGCCAGCAGCAUUUGCACCUUUCGAACAAACAUCUCUUGACAGUCCUUUCAAGAAGUCCACCGCAAGUACUACUGAUAACGAGAAAGCUACCGACAGUGAUGAAAGCAAGUCUUCCAGUGACCUCGAAAGUUCGAGUUCAGAUGAUCUGGAGUCUGCUGAUCAAAGUAUCGAACCUGCCGAUGAGGACACAUCGGCGGACACAACAACGAACGCACCUGCUGCAGAAACCAACCUACAAAACAUGGAUUCAUUAACUGAGCGCAUCAAGAAGAUAGCCAAUAUCACUCCUCAAGAUAUUUCUGAUCCAUUUUUAGGUCCUAGCAGCAAAGAGGAUCGCCAAUUCAACACGGGAACCUCUGCAUUUGCAGGAUACUCCAAAAAUCUCGAUUCAGCAGCUACACCCGGAUUCUCUUUCGCCAAAAUCAAUAGACCAUCGAUCACAACCUCCAAGUCAAGCGGCGCUGGUGAACAGGCGACGAAGUCGGCUGAGUCUGAGGACCUCAAGGAACAGGAGAAAAUCAACCAGGACAGCGCUGCUCCUGAAAUUACUGACCUAAGGUCGGAGGGAGUAGAGCCAAAGAAGCCUACUGAAGUUUUUACGAAGCGCCCAGUCACUCCAGAUGAUGCACCUGUCAAAAGUACCGAAGAACACUCAACAGGAAAUGAACUAAGCCCUCUUUUGCCGGAAAGUUCGUCACUUGAGAAUACCGUCAGUGAUAGUCCGGACUCGUCCAAGGAAAUUUUAGACAAAAGCUCUUCAAAUGCUCCGGAAAGUUCUCUUUCAGAAAUUGAAGAUAAAAAGACAACAAGUUCAUCUGCUCAAGAUAUCGCUUCAGAAUUGACAAACAGCAAGCUCUCUCCUGAGCAAAACGAUGUUCCCGAGAAAGCAGAAGCGAGCAGUGAAACUGAGUCUUUCGACGAACUAGAAGACCUGCGUGCCGAGCUGGAAGAAGUCAAAAAAAUAGACAAGUCUGCGGGCCAAUUCGAAGACCAUACUACGCAGACAACGGCUAUCGAAACAACCCCCGAGAGCGAAAACGAAGACGCUAAACACAAUGUAGCAGAAUCAGUUGGCUCUUUACAAGAGAAUGAACCGGAAGCAAAAACAAAGUUGCAAACUGAAGAGCAGGUGGCCGCGUCUUGGAACUCUGUGCAAGCUCCACCUCUAUACUCAGAUGCAAGCUUGACAAAUUACAAUACAAGCUCAAGUAACUCGACUAUGCGGCGAAUUGAAAUGACGAGCGCUAUGGUUUCAGCAGAAUUGGUAGCUCUGUCUGAAAAUGUCGAAAGCGUAGGCAAGUAUAUCACCGAUUUGGCGACGGAACCUGCUUUUGAGAGGACUGAAAAAACGCUUUACCAGAACUUAACAUGGCGUCUCUCUGAAAUUCAAGCGCUCAUCGACAUAUCCGGCAAGUACAAGGCCUCCAUUGAAACUCUUUCUAGCAAUCUUAACGAUACCGAGCAGAAAGUUAAACGUUAUAAUGAUACAGAACUAGGUCACCACGCGAAUGAAAGGCAUCAAAUUGUUGCUUCUCUUGACCAACUUCAAUCAAUGAAGGAUGACCGAGUAUCUGACUUGGCAAGUCUCUCAUUACCUCAAUACAGAAUUCAGCGGUCUUUGAAAGUUAAAUUGGCCAAGGCGCAAGAGACCAUCAACCAGGCCAGCGAAACUUUACAAUUCCUCAAACUUUGCAACGAGGAGGAACAAUUGAAGAGUCUCUCUUUCCUCAGCAAAACGGCCAAAGAGAGUUUAGAAAGACGUAAUCUGCUAGAAGUGGUUCAAGAUUUGAGCAAACGAGUUUCGGAAAUGAAUCUGAGUCAAAGCUCCUUGACAGGGGACCCCACUCGGGCUUUUACAGCUCCUAUAGCGGAAAUGAAGCUAAGGCAAGACACUAGAAGACAAAUAGGGAGAGUUUUACUGGAGAGAAAUGCAUAA